AUGGCCAUAGACUCCCACAAAGGUCAAGACCUGGUCUACACCACGGCCCCAGUGUAUCCGCCAUUCUGUCUGUCUCAGUCUGCUGAGCUUCUGAAAACCAAAAUGGGUGAAGCAGAAAAUCACUGUGUUCCUGUGAAUAAUAAGGUCAGCCACUGGGCCACAUUAUUAUAUAAUGGGACUGCCACAGAGAAGAAAGAGAGCUCCGCCAUGGGAAUCUCCAUCAUAGCACAACCUGAAUGUGAGAAUAAUCCACAGAUAUGCCCGACUUUCCAGGGAGGUCCUACGUACAUCCCAGACUCAAAACAGUACAAUCUGACUGAAAGCAUAGAGCACAUCCCAAACAACGUGGUACAUGCUACAGAAGGCAAACCAGCACAGUCCAAACAAUUUACUAAAAAUAAAAGGAAGAAGCGUAAAAGAGGC